AUGAGCAGAGCCGGGGAAGAGGAAGACAAUGAGCGCUUUCACGACUCUCUCGACCGUCUCCUCUCUUCUUCCAACACUUCCUGCUCUUGCUCCCCCUCAAACUCCGACGAUGAAUGCACUUCCGAUUUCACCCGGACAGUGCCCAAAUUCCCCCUCGGCGUCUCCCGGAACUACGACGUUUGGGUUUCCCAUCCGUCGUCGGUCCAGGAGCGGCGGCUCCGCCUCCUCCGCGGGAUGGGCCUCACUGGUGACCCCUCCCUCCUCCGCCAUCGCCCCUCACUUUCCUUCUCCCUCUCAUCUCAGCAUUACUUGAGCCCCCUGGAGGAUACAUUUUGCAGCACAGAUUACAGUUACUUGAAAACCCUCGAUUGCACUAGUAAAUGCGUCAAUGGUUGUGAUGAUAACAAUAAUUGCAAUGAUAGAGCUUCUGGGGUGGUCCGGUCCAAAUCAGAUGGGGGCUGUGAGUCUCGCAGGAGUUUUCAAGCUCAGCCGAAUGUUUCGGCUUCAGGUGGAGUUGCUGGUGAUGUAAAUAGUGAUGAUAAGGGGAAGAACAUACAAAGACAUUGUCGGGCAGAGAGAUCAAGUUGCAGCUUUAUAUCCCGUACAGACUCUCCCUAUAAACCCCCCAAAGUGAAGUCUAAUAUCAAUGGUUCCAACCAUAACCGUAGCUUUAGUGAUGCACACCCACCUCGUACAAGUGGUGAAGAGCUUUGUUGGAGCCUGGAGUGUGAUGGGCUAGAUGAUGUUAAUGGAGUGUGUAAGAUAAAGAAUCUCGACAAUGGGAAAGAGUUUGUGGUGAAUGAGACAAGGGAGGACGGGACUUGGAAAAAGAUAAAGGAAGUGGGAACCGGGCGUCACUUGAUGACAGAGGAGCUCUCAUCUGAGAUGUUUGUUGGGACUUCACCAAUCGUGCAAGAGUUGAUGAGGAGACAGAAUUUCGAGGCCAGGGACAAGGAUGGCUUGAAUUCAAAUGCGGAUGGUGGUGUGUCUAAGUCGAAGAAGAGGAGUACUUGGCUGAGGAGUAUGAAAAAUGUGGCAAAUUCAGUCACUGGUCACAAGGAGAGAAGGAGUAGUGAUGAGAGAGACACCUCGUCUGAGAAGGGUGGGAGGAGGUCGAGCUCUGCCACUGAUGAUAGCCAGGAUGUUUCCUUUCAUGGGCCUGAGAGAGUUAGGGUCAAGAAUUAUGGUAAGCCGGUUAAAGAGCUUACGGCACUUUACAAGAGCCAGGAAAUACAGGCACACAACGGGUCGAUUUGGGCGAUUCAGUUUAGUUUGGACGGGAAAUAUCUGGCUAGUGCCGGUGAGGACCGUGUGAUUCAAGUGUGGCAGGUUGUGGAGACAGAAAGGAAAGAGGAUUUCUUUUUCCAUAAAUUGGAAGAUGGGAAUUUCAAUCUUUUGUUUCUAGGAAAUGGGUCGUCCGAGCCAUCAUCAAUGUCACCGAAUUUGGAUGCUCACUCGGAGAAAAAGAAGAGGGGGAGGAGAUUGUCCAUAGGCAGGAAAUCCUUGAGCUUUGAACAGAUUUUGGUGCCUGAGACCAUAUUUGGCCUUUCAGAAAAGCCUCUGUGUUCGUUUCACGGGCAUUUAGAUGAUGUGCUGGAUAUCUCAUGGUCCAAGUCUCAGCAACUGCUUUCAUCUUCAAUGGACAAAACUGUGCGCCUCUGGGAUCUGUCUAGCAAGUCUUGUUUAAAGAUCUUUUCACACAGUGAUUAUGUAACGUGCAUCCAGUUUAAUCCGGUUGAUGAUAGAUAUUUCAUCAGUGGAUCCCUAGAUGGCAAGGUGCGGAUAUGGAGCAUUCCUGAUCGCCAAGUCGUUGAUUGGAAUGAUUUGCAUGAAAUGGUCACUGCAGCUUGCUACACACCAGAUGGACAGGGGGCAAUAGUUGGUUCGUACAAGGGUAGUUGUCGUUUGUACAGCAUAUCAGAAAAUAAAUUGCUCCGGAAAAGCCAGAUCAAUCUGCAGAAUAGGAGAAAGAAAUCUCAUCAGAAGAAAAUAACUGGUCUUCAGUUUGCACCUGGAAGUACAUCAGAAGUGCUUGUGACUUCAGCAGAUUCCCGAAUUCGAGUCAUAGAUGGUGUCGAUCUUGUUCACAAGUUCAAAGGGUUUCGUAACGCGAACAGCCAAAUAUCAGCCUCCCUCACUUCCAACGGAAAAUACGCAGUCUCCGCGAGUGAGGACUCAUAUGUUUACGUGUGGAGACAUGAAGCCGAGUCCCGACCAAACAGAACCAAAGGUGUGACGGUGACACAAUCUUACGAGUUUUUUCACUGUCAAGAUGUAUCUGUGGCAAUCCCUUGGCCUGGCUCGUCAGACAAGUGGGCCCUCCAGGAAUGUCCUGCUGGAGGACAAAAUGGUACUUAUACCCAGUAUAAUGAAUACCAUCCCACUACACCAGCUGGGGAGACCAACUGCAGUGAAAGCCGGUCAUUGGAGUCCCUACGCACUAAUAGCCCUCUCAAUGGACACUUAUCUUGUGCCUCAAAUGGCUACUUUUUCGAUAAAAUCUCCAUGACAUGGCCUGAGGAGAAACUCCUCUCGGCUACUGCCAAGAACGCAAGUCCCCGAGUUAGUGUGGACUUUUCAAAUGGGUUGUAUCAGAACAGGUCCGCGUUGGGUAUGGUUAUAGUAACUGCAGGCCUCAAAGGUGAAAUCAAGAUAUUCCAGAAUUUCGGGACACCCUUGCGGAUUUGA